GGGCGGGGCUCCUCCCUCCCGCCAGCCGCAGUCGCCGCCGCAGCGCGACGAGGGAGCUGGAUGGACUGAAGAGCUGUGGGGCUCUCUGAGGAGCCCUGGCACUCCCAGUGAGGCAGCAUCAUGCUGGCUCCGAAGAAAAGCCUGCUGUGCAACCUCAACCACAUCCAUCUGCAGCACAUCUCCCUGGGGCUACACCUCUCCCGGCACCCAGAGCUCCAAGAGACCUCUGGCUCCAUGGGGGGAGGAGACCAGACCAGCUGCAGUGACUGCCCAGAGAACUGUGAGCAAGUGGAUGCCAAUUCCAACAAUCCCUCCUUAAAAUGCCGGUGUUGUGAGUCCCAUACUCAGGAGCCAGUGACGCUGGAUCUCCAGAACCAGGCAGCUCAAGAAGAUUUCCCCUGCCUGCAUGCUGGGGAGAAGGUGGCUUCCCCUUGUGAUCCCCCUUGUGAUCUGGCUUCCUCCUCCUCCUCUGUCAGUAGCUGUUCGGAUUUCAGCUUGGAUGAUUCCCCAGUCUCUGUGUACUUCAAGGGGUUCUCCAGAGAAGAGUCCCAAUCCCCUGAAAAUCAGCCCAACAUCAGUCCUGUAGAAGACACGCAGGAUGGCAGGUUGCUGGCUGACCAGGGUAGGACAUGUGAUGGAAGAGAUGCCAACCUCAACCCCCCAGUGCUCCAGAGACCAGACACCCUGGCUGGAGAGAGCCCAGACAGCCUCUGCAGCAGCAGCUCGCUUGACUCCCAGUGCGAUGAGCCCUCUCCCAGUGCGGCAGCGCAGGAGACCACCAGCAUCUGUGCUGACCUAGACCCUAACUGCAACCCCCUGCCCGACCCCGAUGCUGCGCCUCCAGCACCGCCUACGGCAGGACGGUGCGAUCCCAGUCUGACCAGAGCUCCAGAGCCACGACCCCGGGCUGGCAGCCUCCCCCCGCCCGUGCCCCCCCGGCCCCGGCGACGGCUGCAGGUUCUCAGUGGGCACAGAGCAGAGCAGCCGCUCCUGCCUGCGCAGCCAGAGCCUGGCUUGGGUGAGCUCUGCCGAGAUGUGACCAAGAAGACUAUCACCUCCUUCCAUGAGCUCGCCCAGAAGAGGAAGAGGAACGCUGCUGGGCCUAUUCUUGCUCAGGCCAGGGCUGACCGGAGUGACUGGCUGAUCGUAUUCUCACCUGACACGGAGCUGCCACCUCCGAGUGAGCUCCUCUCCAGCGCUGUGGGCCAGGAGCCAAGCCGGCCCCAGCUCCAGCAGGACUGGCCAGCCAGACCUCCCAGUUCCAAGCAGAGAGAGGUGACAACGUUCAAGGAGCUGCGCUACCGCAAUGCCUCCAACAAGCCCAAGGGCCAGCCAGGUGGGCGGGCAGAGCCGGUGGCCCCCCAGCACCCCCCUGCACCCCCCGAGACAGCCGUGGGCUGCGACGGCUCGGGCUGGGUGCCACUGGGUAGACAGUUGCUGGCACCCAUGGAUAGCCACCAGCUGAAGAGGAGGAGAUCCCGCCUGGGACUGCAGCCCAUCGUGGAGGGGCAGCCAGGGGACACCGAGGAAGGGGGGCUGCUACUGCGAAGCUGUCUGCCUGGAGACAAGGGGCCGAGCUCUGGCUGCGAUAAAGAGGCCCUGGUUUGGAGGCUUGGGAGACCCGGUGGGAACCUCUGGGUGCCAGGGACGGUCAAGAGAGGAGACGAGGUCUGCAAGGAGGCCAGGCCUCCGCCGCCCGCCGCUGGAGCCUCCCCGGGAGCCGCCCGGCCCGGCGGGGGGAGCACGGAGGGACCCCGUCACCCCCGGGGGGAAGAGAAGAAAGCCCUGCUGAUCGCCAUCAGCACCGCCGUGGAUAAGGUUAUCGCCCACUUCAGCACUGCACGGAACCUGGUGCAGAAGGCUCAGCUGGGAGACAGCCGGCUCAGCCCAGAUGUGGGUUAUCUGCUGCUGCACACUCUCUGCCCUGCGCUCUAUGCCUUGGUGGAGGAUGGGCUGAAGCCAUUUCAGAAGGAUAUUAUCACAGGCCAGAGGAAGAAUUCCCCCUGGAGUGUGGUGGAAGCCUCUGUAAAGACAGGCCCCAACACCCGCUCUCUCCACUCCCUGUGCUGGCAUGUGGCUGGGCUGGCCCCUCUCAACAGCACCAGACAGAAGUUUCAUGCCUUUAUCCUCGGCCUUUUGAACAUUAAGCAGCUGGAGCUGUGGAUCUCACACCUGCAGGAGAGCCGUGGUGUAAUCUCUGUGUUGUAUUCACCCACGGCCUUCUUUGCCCUGAGCCAAGGCCCUCUUCCUCACCUCGCUGAUGAACUGCUGCUGCUCAUCCAGCCCCUCUCAGUGCUGACUUUCCACCUUGACCUGCUCUUUGAACACCACCAUCUCUCCAUGGAUGUAAGACCCUUGUCCCGUCGGCUGGAGUCACCCCUGUCUCUUGCCCAUCACUCUGCUCAGGCUCGGGGGGCUGUGCAGCCUUCUCUGGAGGGCCAGAGCAGUGCUGCAGGGGCCAGCCUGGAAGAUGAGAUCCCCCCCGAUACUCUGGGGCGAGCAGCGGGUGCUGAGGGCAGCACAAGCGCCCAGACCCAAGGAGCUGCGCGGGGGCUGGUCCCUGGUCCCCAGGUCAGGGCUGCCCUGCAGCAGACCUUCCAGCAUGUGCUGCGGUGGGGUGACCAGCUCAGUCGUGCUUUCCUGGGAGCUGACAGCUCCCCAGAGACCCACAGGCCCGAGGCAGACCCUCGGGAUGCCGGGGCUGGCCUCAGCGGCUGGUGGGGCCAGCUGAGCCAGGCCUCCAGGAUUUAUGCUGCUCCUAGCAAGGAAACGUUCCCCUUCGUCUGGUGGACAAAGCUGCGAACGGCUGCAGGGGAUUCCAGCCCCAGCCAGGCUGUGCGGUCCCAAACAUCCGUGAAUGAGCCUAGAGGCAUGGAGCUGCAGCUCCUUCAGACCAAAGCUAUCCCUGAACUCUCCAGUCCAAAGCCCAGCAGCAGUGCUGACACCUCUGGGACCUCUUCCCCUGAAGACCUCAUGCUGCCUGCUGGAGCUGGAGUACCCACCAAGCCAGAUGAUCCUGCUGCUGGAGAGAAACUCCUGGCUGUUUCCCCAGAGCCUUGUGCGGAUAGGAAUCGGGCAGCAUCCUCUGACCCAGAGGCGGGUGGUCCUCCUGGUCCUGACAAGGGUAACUGGCUGGGCCGGCUCUUUGGAGCCACCAGCACCUCUGCCAGGAGCUUCCCUCCCAGUCCUGACGCCAUCUCAGCUAGAUCCAGGAGACCUUCUAUCUGGCUGUCCCCCAGCGCACGCGUCCUGUCUGUGGUGGUGAAGGGGCUGGCAUCUGAGAAGACCCGUGCUCAGGAACAGCCAGAGAGGAACACGUCAGCUUCACCGCAGACCUGCAGGGCAGUUCGGGCGCUGUGUGACCACAGGGGCACCACCGAUGGUCACCUGAGCUUCCAAAAAGGGGACAUCCUGCAGCUGCUCUCCACUGUGGAUGAAGACUGGAUCCGCUGCUGCCAUGGAAACAGCACUGGCCUAGUUCCUGUCGGUUACACAUCCCUGGUUUUGUGAGGAGGCGGAGGAGACCUGAGGAAGCAGCUGAGCUUGCCGAAGCAGGUGCCACCUCCGGAAAGGAUGGUCGCCUGCCAGGGCUUCACCGCCUUCGGGGCUGGCAGUUCUGCAGGGGACCCAGCCCUGGUGCCCGUUGCUGCUGCUCGUUUGCAUGACGUUACUGUCUGCCAUGGGUGCAUCCCCCUGAGCCACCGCUGUGCGUGUCCCCAGCGACCUGCUGGCACUAAACCAUGGCUCCCAUUUGGGAACUGCUCUGGUUUAUGUUUCCUCAGCUGCUGCCCACACCUGUGCUGGGGAAGGGCUGGGGGUGGGGAAAGCCUCUGUCCCUGUGCCAUACUCGGUCCUGUAUGUCGUCUCUGUGCUGUCAUGUCCUGCCACCACCUCCACCUGCCCUGCUCUGCCCUGGGGCUGGUGGCCCAGGCCAGCUCCAGCUGCUGCUGUGCAGUCCCAGCACUCUGUAAAUAGUUGUAACCGCGCCAAUGAGCUUAUUCCUGGGGGGGGGCGGAAAAAAAGCUGGAAAUAAAGGUUGCGACUCGUGUCUGCA